AUGUCACACCAAACAGCAAGAUCGUUGAAGUCAUCCACCUUGUCUGAACGUGUCCGUGCACCUUUUUCCCUCUCGCUGGACGUUCAAAGAGCCAACUCAGAGGCGGCAGGUCCUAGUACCCUUACGCCUCGUACGGCAAGGACCAUGGUCAAUGGGAUGAUAGCCUUGGAUCUCCAGAGGGGUCACAAACCCGAACCUUCUUAUUUCUCCGAUGAUGUCUGUCACCAUCAAACUCACAGCUCAUCCAGGGUAACUGCAGACCAGUCUUUAGCAACUAGUUCUGUAUCAUCUUCACCACAAAGCACCCCAAUAAUCCAGACAGGGUUGUUUUCUCGCGUCACUUAUAGUCCUACAGCGCCAACCUUUCUGGCAAGGGAGGGCAUCUUCAAGUUUGGCACAGAUAAGACUGCCUCCGGGAGUGAUUCUACCAAGAAGAACAAUCGCAAAACCUCAAUAUUCGGGGGAAUACUUCUUGACCCCACCAGUAACUACAAUAGUACAGACAGGGAGGGCUAUAGAACCUCUAGCCGUCCGGAAGUGAUUGACACUACUUCUGGCAUGUUUGCCAGUGAAUGA